AUUAUUCUCCCUCACUUGGUCCCUUAUUUAGUGCCUCACGACCUCAACCCCUCAAAUCGUCCUUCUCCAUUCCUCCCCAAUCUUUCUCCUCCUCUUCUUCUUCUUGACCACUUGCAUGGCUCCAAGCAUCAUGGACUCUGCGUGUCGUUUGACGAUGAGGUGGAGAGCUCUAGGUGCUGCUGCAGCUUCUUGUUGUUUUCGCCAUGGAUGGAAAGCCUAGCUAGUCUCUCUGUCUUCUCCUCAAGAAGAGCACAAGGAAUGGAGCUUUCUGGGCAUGGAGGGGACAUGGCGAUCCCAAUAAGCAGCGUCCAUGACAGUCCUCCCCUGCACCACCACCACCACCAUCAUCAAGUACUCUCCAAUGGUCCUCCUCCUCCUCCUCCGCCUCCUCCACUGCUAGUGCUGCCCGUUGCCAGUGGCGGCACAGAGGAGCAACAGCAGUGCGGCGGUAGGAAAGCGGCGGCCAAGUACAGGGAGUGCCUGAAGAACCACGCGGCGUCCAUCGGCGGGAACGCGACCGACGGGUGCGGCGAGUUCAUGCCCAGCGGGGAGGAGGGCAGCAUGGAGGCGCUCAAGUGCUCCGCCUGCGGCUGCCACAGGAACUUCCACAGGAAGGAGGCGGAGGGCGAAGAGCAGCUGCCUUCUCCGCUGGAGUACCUCCGCCCGCUCAGCCAGCUCAGGGGGAGCGACGCCAGGAAGGCGGCGGUCGGGUCUGCCCCCCGCCUCCUCCUCCCCGGCCCCAACCACUACCACCACCUCCUCCCGCGGGUGGCCGGCCCGCACGGCAUGAUCAUGCCUCUGCAGCAGCAGCAGCAGCAGACGUCAGAGUCGGAGGAGAUGGAGGUGGCGCGGCCGGCGGCGCUGAUGAUGAAGAAGAGGUUCAGGACCAAGUUCACGGCGGAGCAGAAGGAGAAGAUGCUGGGAUUCGCGGAGAAGGCAGGGUGGAGGCUGCAGAAGCAGGAGGACAGCGUGGUUCAGCAGUUCUGCCAGGAGAUCGGCGUCAAGAGGAGGGUGCUCAAGGUGUGGAUGCACAACAACAAGCAUAACUUGGCCAAGAAACAUCCUCCGCCUCCUCAUCUCUCGCCACUCUGAAUUAAUUAAUGACCGCCAUUAACGCCACUGCAUUGUACCUCCAUUAAUCCACCUUCUUCUCCUUCUCUAAUUCUCAGAGCUUGGUAGAUCCAUCGAGACGAUCAAGAACUAGAUUGCUAUGUCGCUAGUGAUCAUCUAAAUUAUAUCUCUACUGAUUGAUUAUCUUUAGCGUAUCCAGAUGCUCAGAAUCAGAUCGAGUGUACAGUCACAGACAGUGUUUUCCAUAUUGUUA